CGGAUUUCGAUAUACCAGACUUGGACAAUGGCUACCAACCCGGAGGAAACAAUGGCAAACAACAUAGACAGUAGCGAGGAGUCGAGAUUCCAGACUGACAACAGUGUGUCAAAGAAACAACAGCCAAAGCAGCAACUAUCAAAAGCAAUGGAGCACAUGCGCUUCGCAGUUACCGUAGACCCAAUACCUCACACUUCGGCACCUACUCCACCCCCAGAACCCUCAUCGCAGCCACUGCAACCCCCACCGACCUCUAAUGAACCCACCGAAAACGACGCAUACGGCGUCCCCGCUUCUUUCGCACCCGUCCGCAAUCCAGCAUCACGCUCACACGACGCCUCAAACAACCAGAAACGAAGUGACCCUUUUGCAUUUGGAUCUCGCGUCCUAGAGGAGGGCGACAACAUCUUCGAGUUCAACGCUUGGGACCAUGUCACCGUCGACGACACGUACCAAGCCUUCUCCGAAGAACAGUACGAGAAGCAACGCGCCGAGCCCGUAAACGACUUCGACCGCAAGCGCUACAACGACCAGCCCGAGAAGUGGUGGAACCAAUUCUACAAGAACAACAAGACAAACUUCUUCAAGAACAGAAAGUGGCUGUCGCAGGAAUUUCCGAUACUGGAGGAGCUGGGCAAGGAGGAUGCGCCCGAGGCCGUGGUGCUGGAAGUCGGUGCCGGCGCAGGAAACAGCGCAUUUCCCAUUUUACAGCAGAGUCGGAAUAAACGACUCAAGAUCCACGCGUGCGACUUUUCCAAGAAGGCGGUCGAUUUAAUACGCGGUCAUGAACUCUACAACCCUGAGGUUAUCCAAGCAGAUGUGUGGGACGUGGCGUCGUCGCCGGAGUCGGAAAACAACGGCUUGCCACCAGGCUUGACAGAGGGCAGUGUGGACGUGGUACUCAUGAUCUUCAUCUUCUCCGCCCUCAAUCCAAAGCAGUGGGAUCAAGCAGUCCGCAACGUCUGGCGAGUCCUCAAACCAGGCGGCCAGGUCCUAUUCCGCGACUAUGGGCGCGGCGACCUAGCACAAGUACGCUUCAAAAAGGGGCGGUACAUGGAAGAAAACUUCUACGUGCGCGGCGAUGGCACGCGCGUCUAUUUCUUUGAGCAAGACGAGUUGGAGGAUAUUUGGGGCGGCAAGGAGAGGGAUACGCAGACGGGCAAUGUCGCUACCGCUGCGGGCAAGGGCAACAGCGCGUCCGAACAAGGCCUCGCAGACAAACUCUCAAGCCUCGAUCUCCACGAGCCUACGUCUCCCGAAUCCUCCCACACGCCGCAGAAGUCAAACGACGAUGUUGAGAAUCUGCACACGCCGCGGCCUGUGUUCCAAGUCGCACAUAUAGGCGUCGAUAGACGCAUGCUGGUAAACCGCCAGCGUAGACUGAAAAUGUAUCGAUGUUGGAUGCAGGCUGUGUUUCGCAAGGCGGGACAGGAGAGCGAGGUGCCUACAAGUACGUUGCGGCAGGAUAAAGAGCAAGAUGCGGAGGCGACUAAGAAUGGCGAGGAAGUAGUGUGAGGAUGAAUGGAUGAACAAGGGCAUAUUGGGGGGAGGAUGUUGACGGUACCACGGUUGCAUAGCACAUCUUUCUGAGAAUACUAAAAGUCACUUGAUUAUAUUUGAACGUACGUGAGAAUGAGGUUGCAUUGCAUAAUGAUACUGAACGUUGCCGGAAUAUACAGUGCGCCUGAUGCUAUGCCAAUACAUACAACCUACAUCGUCUGCCCCUCAAAAUACGGCCUGAACCGAGGCUCCCCCUGCAACCCACAAUCCAACACACAUUCAUAACAACUCAUAAGCAGCUGCGGAAACUUGGUGGUCCAAUACCUCAAAUACCCAGUAGGCAGUGACCCUACUUUCGCCUUAACAGCCUCAUCCAUAUCCUCGUA